AUGCUGCAGAGCCUCCCAACAGAUUUGUUCAAAUACAAUAGGAAUCUCCUCCACAUUGAUCUCAGCCUCAACCAUCUCCAGACUCUGCCUGAAGGCCUCUUCAGCUUCUUCCCUUCCAAUCUGUUCACCAAUUUCACCUGGAACUUUUUCGUCUGUAACUGUAGCCUGGCUUGGGCUUCAUCCUGGAUCAGCUCCUUAGAGAACCAGUCCAUCAGUCAGACCUUUCAGUGCCAUUCUCCUGUACGCCUGAGAGGCGUGUUGCUUAAGGACUUCAAUCCCAUAUGUGUUCCUGAUUAUGUCUGGUACAUACUUGGUGUCCUCACCGGUGUCUUGAUCUUAAGUAUUUUUAUCACUUUGCUGUAUAUCAACCGCUGGAAGAUCUACUACCAGUGGUACAUUCUUCUGUCCAAGAAGAAUGACCGCGAGGUGUGGGUGGACAACCCCAGGUUUGUAUUUGAUGCCUUCGUGGCCUACAGUGAGAGGGACUUCCAGUGGGUGCUGCAUGAGCUGAUUCCACACAUGGAAGACAAUGCUGGGCUGCCCAACGUCAAGCUGUGUGUGUCGGAUCGAGACUGGGACCUUGGAGGCUCCUUCUUUGACAACGUGGAGAGCAGCAUCCAGUGUAGCUGCAAGACGCUUUGUGUCAUCUCCAGGCACUUCCUCAAGAGCGAGUGGUGCAAGCUGGAGCUGAGCCUGGCGCACAUGCAGCUCUUCUCAGAGAACAGGGAUGUGCUGAUCUUCAUCUUCCUGGAGAAGAUCCCCUCAGAGAGGCUGUCCCAGCACGAGAAGCUCCAUAGAGAAUUGCGCAAGAAAUCCUGCCUUGAUUGGCCAGGAGAAGACCCAGAUGCCCAGAGGGUUUUUUGGGAGAAACUGCGCUCACUCAUCCUGAAACCACACAGUGAAAACAAACCUUGUUCUCGCGUCUGGUACUGGUGA